ACAACAGAGGUCGCUGAUGAUACACCAACAAAUGUCGGCGUUUGCCGUUACCAUAGCAACGAAAAAGUAUGGCCACAACAAACCGGUGUGGCGCUCGUAGGAACAAUUUUAAAAACACAAAUCAUUGCAUGAUUUGCUGAACGAGUUCGAUCGGGAUGGAAUUGGAUCACGCUAAAUUCACGCUUAAAUCCAACACACCCAUUGGGUUUGAAUCUACACGCUGUGAAAAAUCGAUAGAAAAUCGUGUCAAAAAGGAUAUCGGCAUAGAUCCUUGUCCAGUUCCAACAUGUACCGAUGUUGCAACAGAACCAAAGGAACGGAAAGAAACUGCUGCAAGUAUCUUAAAUUAUGACACUUUCGUGCAUCAAUUGGUUGAUAUAUGGCUCAUACCCUUAUUUGCCCAUUGCAGACUCAGACGAUCAGUGCACCGAGAAGCAAGAAAUUUGCUACUUAUGACGACUCCAAGCUAGUCUCGUUUAUACGCAAAGUGCGACCCAUUGUCGAGGAAGAACUGUCCUACGGAAUCACUCCAAUGUUUGAUUGUAAUGAUAAUUUGUACGAAACUUCCGAACGAUACCGAGUGUGUCGUCAUCAAGAACUAACUCUUCGUAGCUUGAUCCCUGGCCACAAUACCGAAAAGAACGAUGCAAACGUGUUCCACGUCGGUGCUGCAGCAUGGCUUUCCAUAUUGACACGUGACGCUCCUCUGCUGGUAGUCGCCUGCAGUCCUAGCCACGAGGCAUGGUGUGAUCAUUUCAGCUCGAUCGUUACGGUUUUCUGUCCCAAGCGAGACCGUUACGGUGGUUCCGUACAGUGGGUAGAGCUAAGCAGCAAUCCGGUUAAAGCUUGUAUCGAGUCACUCGAAACGAACGCCUACAAUCGGGACAUGUUUGCUGGAGGCACUGUCUCCGGCGACGUGUACAUCUGGCACUACGAGAUGAAUCUGAAGAACGAACGAAAUUCCUUCGCCGAGCUACAUUCGGAAACUACCGAUUGUGGGAAAGUGGUCGAUAUGGCAUGGACACGCUACAACGUGAUGUCCAAAUCGGACUACGCUCUACUCACCGCACACAGCGAAGGAACCGUCAUACAAUGGCGAGUUGGUAAAACCAUCGUAAAGGAUAAAAUUUUCAAACUCAACGUACCGUCGGCCAGCGGAAAGGCACUCAUUUUGACGCAAAUAUUAGCCACCUCCAAUACUGAGUUCGUGGCAGGUUGUGACGAUGGUUCGUUGUUGCUUUGUUCUACCACACAAUUAAUUCCUCUAGCGUCCACAACAGAACGAUCGAUCACAUCCGUAGUCAAUUCCGGGUCGUCUUCAGUGACCAGUGGCGGUAAGGUAAAUUUGUUCUCACCGGGCACGAUCGAGCUGAAGAGUCACGCGUUUAGUGUCACUAGUCUGCAGAAGAUAGAAAACCGCCGACAGGAGCUGCUCAUUAGCUGCGAUCUUACGGGCGAAGUAUUGUUCCAUGACAUCACGGAUAGCAUCAAUUCUACUCCAACACUAAUCAUCAAAAUGCCACUUCCGUUUAAAACACGUAUUGUUUGCACGAGCGAUACUGAGUACAUCUUUUCACCGACGGGAAAUGGGUUGCUGGAGCUUUAUCGGAUCGGAAGCGGAAAAGUGGACACAGUAGAAUCGUCCUUACCUUUGAAAGGAUCUCCAAAUCUUAUUAAAAUGUCUGCGAAUGGAAAAUGGCUUAUUACUGGAACGUACAAUGGAACAUUCAUUCUGUACUCAGUAGCGCUGGAAUACUAAAAAGGCGCCCAGGAUGACCGUCUACCUAUUUGGCUUAAUGCAUCAAAUGCUUCAGAUUACACCAGCACCCUAUAUCAAUGCUGAUCCCAAUAUUCGUAUGGUUCUCUGUUGAAACAAUGAUUACCGCCACACCAUGCAAAUAUAAUAUGCUCAAUUUAG